UGAUGAAAGUGCUUAAGAAUUAAAGAAAUAAAGAGUUAACGGCUGUAAAUAAUAAAAAAAAAAAAGAAUUAAAGAAAAAUCGUAGUGGAGCAAAGAAUUGAUUUUUCCCAAAAUAGCAAAAAUAUCGACGUUGCAACGUUAAUAACAAACAGACUGGAGGAGUUACCUGCAUCACGGACAUCAUUUUCUAUAGUAAUUUAUUGCGUAAAGUAGAAAUCGAAUAGUUGGUUUUUGUUAAAAUAAUGAUGUAUCAUUGUGUAUUGAAUCCUCUAGGUGAAGAGGAAUGCGAAAAACUCACUUUAAAUUUGUCCCGCAAGCAAUUGAAGAAAGUGCCAAAACAAGAAGAAGCACAAAAUGUACGAGUCCUUAUUUUGGAUGAAAAUGAAUUACAAAAAAUUGAUAACAUCGAUUCAUAUUUAAAAAUAGAAAAGUUAUCGCUAAGCAAAAAUCAAUUGUUGCGUAUGUAUGGUGUUUGCCGUUUACAUUGCCUGCGUGAAUUAAAUCUUUCCUUCAAUGGCAUUUUAUCUAUUGAAGGCUUAAAAGAUUGUCUGCAUUUGCGAUUUUUAAACUUGGAGGGAAACAAUAUUAAAACCAUAGAGCAUUUGAAUAAUAAUCUUAAAUUGGAAUAUUUAAAUUUGGCAGAAAACAGCAUUACCAGCAUUUCGGAUGUAUCAUUUUUAAAAAACCUAAAGGAACUUUAUUUGCAUGGCAAUCGUUUAAGCCAUUUACGUCAAUGCGAUAAAUAUUUGCCUUUAUCUUUGGAGACGCUGACGCUAGCCAAGAAUAAUAUAAGUGAUUUAAAUGAAAUUUGCACUUUAGCCAAUUUAUGCUGCUUAAAUAGCAUAACGAUUAGCGAAAAUCCUUGCGUUUCCAUGACGGCUAACACGGAUGGGUUCGAUCAUCGACCAUUUGUCUUAAAUUGGUGUAUGAGUUUGAAAGUAAUUGAUGGCUUUGUGGUGGAUCCUAUUGAAAGUCUGAAAGCGGAGUGGCUUUACAGUCAAGGCCGGGGUCGCAGUUUUCGUUUAGGUGAACAAACUGCUUUGGCGAAAUAUCUUAGUUCGGUGUGCCCACUUAUUGGAAAAGCUUUAGAGAAUGAAAAUGAGCGUAAAUUACGCCUAAUCUUAAGUAAAGCACAACAUCAUCAGCGUCAAUUACAAGAAGAGAUCUCCGAAAAUUCAAAUGCUUCACAAAAUAAUUCGCCGUCUUCUGGACGCAAAAAACCGGCCAGUCGUAUACAGUCGCCACGAUUUUCUAGACUCAGUGGCCGUCAGGGCUCGCCGGAUUCUAUGGCGAACAGCUAUCACGGCAAUACGGCCAGUGCCAGUGAACAAGGAACUAACGCCAACCACUUGACUCAAAUGACUACUUCUCUAAUUGAGAAUAUUAAAAACAACGAUUCCGUGAUGUCUCAAAGUUUGGAUGGUUCUACAUUAAAUUCGUCCAAGUCAAAUACUUCGCAGGAAUCUACACCGCGUAAUAUAACACCGAACUCCCACACCGAUCAAUCUUGUGGUGGUAAUCCACCUCCAACAGGAGGUCCACUAGCUGCUGCCUCCAAAAUGGUGCCUGUUCCCGAAACCCUAAUGAGUCCCGAUAUCUGCCCAACGGCGGUCGCUCAAAGAAUGACGGUCUCCGCUUUAAGUUCUCAAAUACAACAAACAAAAAUGAACAAGAAUAAAGAUAAUCGUUUAAAUUCGCCCAGGAUUCGCAGUCCGCAUUUGAAACGCAAUCCAGAACGCAGUCCAAUGCCAAGUCCAAAAAAGAAUAGUUCAUUUUCUGCGCUGCAAACGAAUGCCAAACAAAUUGAUAACGUAGACGCUACAAAUCUACAACAAAAUUCAAUCGAUAAUCAAUUAAAAAAACGCCAAUUAGUUAGCAAUUCGAUGCACAUUGUCCCGCCUGAGGAAGAAUCGGGUGGAGGCAGCUCCGAUGAUGACAGCAGCGAUCACAUUAAUGUUGAUAAAUUGAAGACGAUACGUAACAAGGCCGCCCAGAGAUGUCAGGAAAUGAAAGAGAAUGUCGCAAAUUUGGAUGAGAUGACCAUUGGUUCGCCGGACACGGAAUCAUCUGCAGUGGUUAUACAAAAAAUUUGGCGUGGCUAUCGGACUCGAAAGAAAACUAAGGACAUUGCCGAGAAGCUAUUGAAAAAGCGCACCCAUGAGUACAUUGAGCAGCUUACUAAAGAUAUGGAAAUGACAAAAGCUCAGCUGGAAAAUGAACGUAAGAUACAACAACUUCAAAUGCAAGCCAUAAAUGCUUUAUGGAAAAAGGUUUCAUCAAUGCAAAAUGAACCAAGUGCCACGAGUGCAUCUUCGACAACUGAAGCCAACGUCGCCAAUAGUUUGCAUUUAGAAAACAAUUCAACAGCUGUGGUUAAUGAUUUGACCAAAACUUGCAGUAUGUUAACAAGUCAGGUUCAACAACUGCAAGGUUCAAUGCGUGAUAUAUUAAAUUGUUUGACGUUGUUUUGCAAUCUCCCGCAAGAGAACGUGAAGCGACUUUUAACAACUGGAGUAGCGGAAGCGUUAUCUGGGUCUGAACGUUGCGAUUCGGCUGCCACGCAAACAGAAAUUAUAGCGGUACAUACUCCGCAAAUGGAGUAUUUUCCUUUUAGCCGAAUACGACCUUCCAGUCUAUCGUUGGUGGAGAAUAAACAGCCACCGACAAAAGCAUCUGCCAGCAGCAUAUCCAACACCACCACCGCCAGUACCACCGACAACGCAGAGAUUGCCGCUACUACUACUACUACUACUACUACUACUACUACGCAAAGUCCGUCGAGAAACCGUGUAUCUUUGAAUGAAAGCGGUAUAGUUAGUGAAGAUCUACGCAGUACUGCCGAUACGGAGAACUCCUUCAAUGAGAAAAUUGAUGAAAACGAAAAGCAACAUGCGCCCACAACCGCUAACCUAAAAACCAUUACCUUUACAACCGUUUGAAAUCUAGAUCAAAAGCAGCAAAUUGCAUCAAAGUUCAUAUUUUUGAAUAAGUUUAAAAUCACAUUUUCUGUCGCUUUCUCCCUCUUUCUCUCCACACAUACAUGGGAUAUAUAUGUAUAUACAUGAAGAGGCACGAAUAUUUUUUCGAAUUUCAUAUACAACCGCCAGGAACAAAUACGCUAAAUGAACUGCGUUUUCCUUUCAUUGUUCGGAUUGAAGGGAAUUUAUAUAUGAUCAAUAUUUUUUAGUUUUUUUUUUUUAUACAGUACAUGGCUUACUCUAGAUCCAGUAGUAGCUUUUUUGCAAAGCACAUUCCAAGGAAUUUAUUUGAAAAUUUCGCUGUAGCUGACAUAAUAAAAUCAUUCACCAUUUGACGAAUUCACAUUCCCUUGCAGACCGCCACAUUUGUAUAUGAAACUUGCGAGCAACACGAGUUGAAAGGUGAUUCUUAACAAGGCAUCACAUUCUAUGAGGACGAGACACGGAUAUCAUUCUCUUUUUUUUCUUUUGAUUUUACAACAAUUUCGCACUCACGUCCAGGCCUCGUUUUGCGUCACGGAUUUUCUGGAUUCACAAGAACAAUCGCAUCACAGCCCACAUGGAAGCGAACUAUUUGGAUAUAAAUCAUUCUAUUACGGUUGUUAUUAGCAACGUAGAUUGAAUCCUGAGUGCAUUUGUAGCGAGAUAUAUUUAACAUUCCAUCCAUUAAGAACAACGAAGCUAUAAGAAUUACACAUUAUAUAUAUUUCACUUGCACACCCACCGUCCAAGAAUGAAUGGAUUUUGUCUACACACUCCGAGAACUUGGACGGCAAGAGUCAGCCACGUUCGGUCAUCCGUCCGUUCAUUUCUGGUACACUUACGAUUAAAAUUUGAUACAAGUUAUGCCAGGCAGAUCGAUAUUCGAAAUGAGCGAGGUUUGACUGUAGCUUAUAUCAAAAAAAAAAAAAAAAA